UCUAUGGUCGAAGUGUCCUAGCUAUUUUUGAAGAUCUUAGGACAUUUGUUUGCACACUAAAACAGCAGGACCGCGUGUUGUUAUGGUUCGGAGAUGGCACCUGUGAACGUGAAGAGAGCGGUGUCAGCUUUUUCUGUUUACUCCAAAAAGAAUAUUGUGAAAAAGAAGAAGAAACUAGAUGUACUUAAGAAAGACAACAAAAGACUAGAAGUGCCAAAUCAAGAUGCCUUGGAAGACAUCUCUGUAAUAACUAAGAGGCAGUCCUCUGCAAACACUGAGAGCCUUAAAUCAAAGAGAAAAAAGAAGAAGAAAAUCUCAAAUCGUACUGUAGAGCUGGAAGAAAGAGAUGGAGAUGAAAACAAUGAAGAAGAUACGGCUGUCAGUGAUCAGUAUCUUGAAAAAACAAAUGGGCAUGAGGAGUCAGAAAACAUGGGAAGCAUUGAGGAAGGAAAAAUAAUGUUUGAAUGGCUUGUUCAUCCUCUCCGUUUUGAUGAAUUCAUGAAGGAUCCAUGGGAAAAGAGGCCAUAUCAUGGACAACGGAAUAAUCCAUCCUAUUAUUCAGCUGUGUUAUCUACAGAGAUGAUAGAUAAAAUGUUACGUAAACACAAUGUUAAGUUUACGAAGAAUAUUGAUGUAACAACAUAUUCAGAUGGAGUUAGAGAGACUUUGAAUCCUCCAGGGAGGGCAACUGCAGAAAGGGUGUGGGCAUACUAUGAAAAUGGAUGCAGUGUUAGAUUAUUAAAUCCUCAGUCAUUCAUUCCACAGGUUGGAAUGAUGGUUGCAACACUCCAGGAAUUAUUUGGAUGUAUGGUGGGUGCUAAUGUGUAUCUUACUCCUCCAGAUUCACAAGGAUUUGCACCUCACUAUGAUGACAUAGAAGCAUUUGUCAUGCAGAUAGAAGGCAAGAAACACUGGCGUGUCUACUCACCCCGGUCUGAAAAAGAAGUACUUCCACGAUUUUCAAGUCAAAAUUUGACUCAGGAGGAACUGGGUGAACCUUUACUCGAUGUGGUUCUGACUGCAGGGGACAUUCUGUACUUCCCUCGUGGCUUCAUCCAUCAAGCAAAUACUGUUCCAGGAGAACAUUCAUUGCAUAUCACAUUAUCAAGUUAUCAGCGACAUUCAUGGGCUGAUAUUCUUGAAAAGAUGCUGCCUGCGGCACUUAGCGUUGCUACUGAGGAAACUGUAGAUUUUCGGCGAGGCUUACCAGUUGAUUAUCUGCAGUAUAUGGGAGUUGCACACAGCGAUAAAACUGGAGAUCAACGUAGAGAAGCUUUCAUAACACAGCUGCAUCAGCUGUUUGAUAAGUUGUGGGAACAUUUGCCCAUUGAUGCAGCUGUUGAUCAGAUGGCAAAGGAGUUCAUGCAUGAUGCAUUUCCUCCUGUUCUAACAGAAGAGGAAGUGAAACAGACUGUAACAGGUGGAGGGUUAAGAAUGUUAAGUGAUGGGAAGAUAUCGAAGGACACCAAACUACAGCUUACAACAAAAAUAAAACUGCUCCGUGCACACAUACUAAGGCUAGUAAUGGAAGAUGACAAUGAUGAGGAUAAUGAUGAUGAAGAUACUGUCGACAUUUUUCAUUAUGCUGAUAAUUCUAUGGAGUACCAUGGAGAAGAUCCACAAUCAUUCAAAAUUUCAGCAGACUUAGCGCCAGGUGUUGAAUUUCUCAUCAGCUGUUACCCACAGUUUGUCAGUAUUUCAGACAUACCACUGGAUACUGACAGUGAGAAGAUAAGCCUGGCUUCAGACCUUUGGCAGCGUGGGCUCCUCCUCAAGUCUGAUUAGAGUUCCCAACUGGUUACUUGUAAAACAUUUCUGAUCUGUGUAUUUGACUGAGUAUCUUAGAAAGUGUGGCAGAUUGUGACAUCCUACUCCACCUCAGCUUGUGAUGCUUGUCCUUUCUGUAGCCAGAUUAAACUUUUAAUAAACUGACUUCACUUUGUUGCUGAA